AUGGUGAAACUUAUUUGGGACUAUCCAGAUGCUCAGCCUGUAGGUUACUGGGGUAAUACGACCGCCAUCAUUGAUUGGUGUGAAGAAAAUUAUGUCAUUUCAAAAUAUUUUGCUGAAUGGACAAAUACACUAACAAAUACAGUGUAUUUCAUCGUAGCGUCGUAUUAUAUCUACAGAGCACGUAAAAAUAAGCUAGAGACAAGAUUUACUUUGAUCGGAUUAGGGUUCGGUCUAGUCGGUUUUGGCUCCUGGUUGUUCCACAUGACUUUGAAAUAUGAUUUUCAAUUACUAGAUGAAUUACCUAUGUUGUAUGCUACAGCUAUUCCCGCAUGGGGACUGUUCUGCGAAUUUGACUGGAAAUUAUUCAGGAAGAGACAAAGAGAUGAUAAUAAAUGUAGUGUCAAAUUACAAGCAAUUAUUGCUAUUGCUAUAUUUGCCCUCGUAACUCUAACGACAUGGAUAUAUAUUGAUUUGAAAAUUCCCUCAAUCUUUCAAAUAUUUUAUGGGAUCUUAACCGUAGGUGUUGUGAUCAUCUCUGCCAUCUUCACUUACACUGUCAUCGAAGAGAAUAAAGAAUCAGAGCUAGUAAAAAGAAAUUUAAUGACUACAAUGACCAUGGGUUCAAUCAUUUUUGUCAUGGGAUUCUUCUGCUGGCAAUUAGAUGUUCAUUAUUGCUCCUUUUGGAGAUUUUUAAGAAGAUCCUAUUUACAUUUGCCUCUCGGUACCCUUUUAGAAUUACAUGGCUGGUGGCAUAUACUCACGGGUAUUGGCGUCUACAUUUUUAUCGUUUUUCUAGAGUAUCUAAGAGUACUCGUAAUUGGUACUAAUACGGACUACAUGUUUAUUUGGAGAUGGGGUAUCAUUCCUGAAUUGACAAGAAACGAUUCGGCCAUAUACACUUCCUUUUCGGAAACAUUCUGGGGACCUUAUGUGAUUGAAAAAUGA